CUCAGCGGCUCCAGAGAGGAAGAGCAGCAGGCGGGUCACGCUGGAGCUGCGGGGUGGAAAGGUUGCGGGUUAGUUUCAUCAUUUUUACUAAUUCAGAGAUCAGAGAAACCUGUGAGGAACACUGAGGAACCCGUGAGGAAUCUGGGCAGGCUGAGAACAUGCUGAGGAGCGUGGUGUGGAGGACUGGCAGUGCUCUGUUAAAGCACUCUCGACAGAACGUACCAGUUCUAUGGGGGACGCGGGCUCAGCAGCGCUGGGCUUCCAGCCUCCCCAUGAAUACGGUGGUUCUCUUCGUACCGCAGCAGGAGGCCUGGGUGGUGGAGAGGAUGGGGCGCUUCCACCGGAUUCUUGAGCCAGGGCUUAACUUCCUAAUCCCUGUAUUGGACAGAAUCAGGUACGUACAGAGCCUGAAGGAGAUAGUGAUAGAUGUUCCAGAACAGUCUGCUGUAUCUCUUGAUAACGUGACUCUCCAAAUAGAUGGAGUUUUAUACCUCAGGAUACUCGACCCCUUUAAAGCCAGUUAUGGAGUGGAGGAUCCAGAGUAUGCUGUAACUCAGCUGGCUCAGACUACUAUGAGAUCAGAAUUGGGAAAGCUCACUCUGGAUAAAGUCUUCAGGGAGCGAGAGUCCCUCAAUUCGAACAUUGUACACUCCAUCAACCAGGCGGCGGAUGAGUGGGGGAUUCGCUGCCUCCGAUACGAGAUCAAGGACAUUCACGUUCCCCCACGGGUUAAAGAGUCCAUGCAGAUGCAGGUGGAAGCAGAGCGGAGAAAGAGAGCCACGGUUCUGGAAUCUGAGGGAACGAGGGAGGCGGCCAUAAACGUGGCAGAAGGACGCAAGCAGGCCCAGAUUCUGGCUUCUGAGGCCGAGAAAGCAGAACGGAUCAACAAAGCUGCAGGUGAAGCAAAUGCUGUGUUGGCCAAAGCAGAAGCGAAAGCGAAGGCCAUUCGUCUUCUGUCAGCUGCUCUGACCCUGCAGAAUGGAGAUGCAGCAGCGUCCCUCAGUGUAGCGGAGCAGUACGUCACCGCCUUCUCCAGCCUGGCCAAGGAGUCAAACACCAUCAUCCUGCCCUCAAACACAGGAGACAUCUCCAGUAUGGUCACACAGGCCAUGGCUAUUUACGGGAGUUUAGCCAAGACGCAGUCUGCAAAAGCCCUGGAGAACGUGAGCUCCACAACUCCAGACUUUCAAGCAGAGGAGAGUUUAUUUCCUGAACCUCCGGCACCUCAGUCCACCUCCAGCUCCUAGAUCACACCUUCCAACACAAAGUGACACACAACCUCAGAUACAGGACAGGACUGACCCGUACCGCCCAUGAGGAGAUAUUCUCAUCUGCAGAAUGUCCUCAGGAGGACAUGAGAGCCAUGAACACCACCCUGAAAUGCUGGUUAUAGAUGAGAGAUGACAGAGAAAGGAUUAAAAAAGUUAUAACAGUGA